CGUGUAGAUAGCAUCAGCCAUGCUAAAUGCAGAUGACUAUAGAUCAUGCGCAUCCAUAUAUACACAGUGUAAAUAUUGAUAAAUAUUGUAAAAUCUCGAGAUGUUGUUGAGCAACCGGUUGUUUGACAUAUUUCAAUUUAUUUUUCUCGUCUAGUUCGAUAAUUUUACUUUAUGAGUUGAAGUUCAAAUCCAACUCGUCACUCAGAUGCACUAUGUUUCGGAGUCUAUCGUUUAUGUAGCGCUCAGCUCGGGGUCUACAAUUUCAUGGAGGUGCGAAUAUCAAAAUGAUAGUGAUGGUUUACAUGCAAUUUGGCUUAUUGGUGUGACAAAAAGAUGUCUAAUAUACUUCAAUGGAAAGGGACAUUGAUUUGUUUAUGCAUUGCUUCUUUUUGCUGUUAUGUUUUCGUCAACAGUGCCGAAAUUGGACAACUACCAUUCUGCGAUCAUGCCACAUCAGAUGACCCACCUCGCAGUCUUGUUUUUGUGAAUACUUUGGAUGGAAAAGUAACUGCCCUUGAUACCGCACAUGAAGGAAAAAAGACAUGGACUUUGGAUUUAGGAAAAACUCCAAUGCUCUCAUCAAAUAUUCACCAAAGAGAGCUAAAUAAUCGUGGACAGUGGGUUCGUUUAAUUCCGUCGUUAAAUGGGGGAUUAUACAAAUUUGAUGGAGAGAAUUUGGAAGCAGUGCCAUUAUCCACCGAACAAUUAUUAAAAUCGUCUUUUCGUUAUUCCGAUUUGGUAUUUUCUGGUUCACUAGAAACUAGAACUUACGGUGUUUCUGUUUCCACUGGUAAAGUAUUGUACGAGUGUAAUCAGCAUGAUUGUAAAAACACAACGGAGGGCGAAUCUUAUGUCGAACCAGAAGUACUUGUCAUUCAGAGAUACCAACAAACUGUGCGAGCUGCUGAAUCCCGAAGUGGAUACGAAAGGUGGAAUUUCAGCGUCGGUCAUCAUGGGCUUUCUCUAACUCCAAAUGAAAAUCUAGACUGUCAUUAUAAAAAAACUCAAAUAUCCCUCGAUAUUGAUAUCAAGGUAAUUGUGCCAGAAGGAAUUAUAUGGGCGGUCGAUAGAAACAACCCAACAUCAAAAUUAUGGGAGUACAAGUUUGAUUCUCCGAUUAUGAGUGUAUGGAAAGAAGAUUCGAAUUACGAAGCAAAUGGAAAUUCCGCUGUGAAGGAAAUAAAUUUAUUCGAAAUUAGCCAAAGAUUAUGGCAUCCCGAAUUCGCUUUCAGCCCUGGACUUUAUUUAGGAAUGCACAACCAACAGCUUUAUGUUCAAGAAAAUCCAACAUUAAAAUCAUUACUAGAACCUUCGAUUUCGUUAAAGGACAAUGUUCCUAAAUUUCCAUGGAAGCCGUACCCAGCAAUCGCUUUUUCAGGAAAUGACAAGUUGGAAUUGGAUGUUGACAAUUCUUUAGAAUCAAAGGAUGAUGUUCAAUCCACGGCUUUGUCAGUCUUGUACAGUUCGAAUUAUAUAAACGGAAAUGGAUUUUACUUAUACUCAAAGGAACAGUUGAUUAUUAACAGUGAAAGUCAGUGUAAAAAAACAACUAUUCCUGAAAUAACUAAUGUGUCUGCGGAAGAAGAAUCACUAAUAGAUGAGUUUGAAGAGCAAGAGGAAGAAAUUUUACGACCGAUGAUCGUAUCGCUAUGGUUUUGGUGGAAAGAAGUAGUGCUGAUUUCAAUCACGACAGCAAUUCUAUUAAACUUCAUGAUAACACAAAGUCUUUUGAAUGCCAAUUCUGCUGUUAAAGACGCAAUACUUCCUCCCUGCAUUAUUGAGACACAUAUAGAGAAAAAAGAAGAGAUUCCAAAUGCUUCGCUUGAUACUACUGGAUCUAAAUUUACCUCUCGUUUUCUCGAAGAUUACGACCCUAUUGGUUGUUUAGGAAGAGGAGGAUAUGGAUUUGUUUUCGAGGCUCGAAACAAACUCGACCGACGCAUAUAUGCAAUUAAAAGAAUUACUCUCCCAAGCAGUCUCAAAUCCAGAGAACGAGUCUUGAGAGAAGUUCGAGCCUUGGCACAAUUAGAGCACGACCAUGUCGUUCGUUAUUUUGGUGCCUGGGUAGAAUGUCCACCAGCCGGUUGGCAACAAGAGAAAGACAGAGAAUUACUAAAUAAGGAAAAAUUCCCUAAUUGUGAUUUCCUUUCAAGUUUGUCUGCUAGCGAUAUAAAAUCAUCAAAUUCUGUCCACAUCAGUGUGCCACCGAGUGAGCAAUCUUCUCUAGACAGUGCAUGUGAAGCCUACGAAUUAAACAACAAGGACGACGAUUCAUUCAUCGUUUUUGAAGCUUAUGAAAGCGACGUGGUGAAAGAGUCACAGGAAUUCACUCAGGAUUAUAACGAGACCAAUGAACACGUUUCGGAAUCCACUGAGUCGGUUGGAGUGAUUGAAGAGACUAAAAGUAGUGAAAUUGAUUCUAUUGAUAAAGACAAACUCGACAGUAUUUCGGCCUCUGUAGUUUUUCAAUUAAGCGGGAGAAAAAACACAAGCGAAGAGAGGAAAAAGAGGAAAGCUUCGCUUAGUUUGAAUUUACAGGAUAAAGGAUCAAACAUGGAAUCAAGUACAAAUUCUGCUGAGAUGUUCCUGUAUAUACAGAUGCAAUUGUGUAAAAAAAUGAGUUUGAGUGAAUGGUUAAAAGAAGAAAAUAAGACCAGAGAUAUUAAACUAGUUCUGAAUACUUUCCAACAAAUUGUUAAUGCUGUACAAUAUGUUCAUUUGCAAGGACUUAUUCAUCGCGAUUUAAAGCCGUCGAACAUCUUUAUAUCGUUUGAUAAAAAGGUGAAAAUUGGAGACUUUGGACUAGUAGCAAUGACUGAAGGUUACAAUGAGGUUCAUACUCCAGGUGAUUCUUUUGAUUCAUUCUCCGAAGAAGGAGAUCAGCAUACAGCUCGCGUCGGGACUCGUUUGUACAUGUCUCCAGAACAGUUAAAUGGAGAACGAUACAAUUUUAAAGUAGAUAUCUACUCACUGGGUAUCAUACUUGCAGAACUGUUGAUUCCAUUUGAAACUUACAUGGAAAGGGUAGAUACUCUAACAAAAAUAAGGCAUUUCAAAUUUCCAAAAUACUUCGAACUUCAUUAUCCAACUGAGUUCAGCUUGGUCAAAAUGAUGCUGGAUGUUGAUCCAUCCAAAAGGCCAACGACCGCAGGAAUUACAGCUCGCAUGCGUUUUGUGGACCAGAAGACACUUGAAGAAGUAAACUCGGGUGAAAUGGCAAACUGUCAUUUUGAAUGGUCUGACUCUCAAUUAAGGAGGCAUUCCUCAGUGACUAAUAGCAGUAGCAGCAGUAACAGUGUUUCAUGGGAACUUAACUAAGACUAUAGCAAUCGAUAAUAGUGAUAAAAGCGAUUCCUCAACUUCUAUUUUAAAUGAGCGAUUGUGAGUUAUGCAUGAAAAGUUGUAUGCGUAUAAGACGUAAUUGUUAAAUAUGUAUUUGAUUUUGUUUUUAAAUCGUGUAAAGUUAUGGAGAGAUGUUGAUGAUUAAAAUCUUUUAAGAUGUAAGUCGAUGUAUGUAAUAUAAUAUUUCAUAUUUGUAUCAAGUUGACGAUUCGUAGAUAAAAAUGUGCUGAUUAUAUAUAAUUAUAAUUCACAUUCAUAAAAUUAUUAGAAAUCUGCGUAGUCAAUAUCUGCAAUUCUUUAUAGUAAUUCAUACUGAUUAUGAAUGAUUUAUUUAUUUUCAUAUAUAGAUAAUCGAUGCUCAUAUCACUUAUUUUUAUAUUCACAGUCUUAAAAGAAAAAC